AUGAUCUCUUCGGGUGAAACUAGAUCAGAGAUCGACUACGUGCUACCAGAGAACAAAGAACAUCAGUACCCGGCUCUGCUGGAGGUGCUGGAGGACCAGGCCAUGAGACUCAACAUCUUGGGCUACGGCCUGAGUGCCACAUCCAUGGAGGACGUCUUUGUGAAAGUAGGUGCGGGAGAGAGAGCGGAAGACGUCAUCGAAGAAAGUAUCAGAGAGAGAUCGACCUUAAAAUUCUCUAUAGAUCUGCUAGCGUCAGAAAAACUGUUCGGGAAAUUUAUGGAGUCUAAAAACAACGAAAGAGCUACCCUCUUCUUCCAGCAGUUGAAGGGAAUUUUCAUCAAGAAGUUGACCCUGUUCCGGCGUAACCCGCUGUCGUCGUGUCUGCUGCUGGCGGUGCCCGUGGUGGUGGUGCUGCUGGGCGUGUACGGGGACAUCGCCCGCCAGGUCACCUACGUGCCCCCCCUCGUCUUUAACCUUGACCGAUUCUCCGGGCUUGUCGUGCCCAUCUGGACCAAUGAAAACACGUCCCUGGACCUGGUGGAAGCCUACAAGAAACAGUUUCGGUUCGCCAAGUUCCCAAAGCUCCUGACGUAUGACGUCACUAAUAAGGUAUGA